GAGGGAAGAGAGGCAGGAGAACCCCAGGAGGGGAGGGGAGUAGAGGGGAGGAGGCAGCGCGGGGUGGGGUUCGGCGGGUACGCGCUCGCUGCGUCGACGUGCUGACGCCAUGACGCCCCGGUCGGUGUGUGUCGGUGUAUGUGUGUGUGUGAGUGUGCGCGCUGCGAGUGUGUGUGUAUUUGUGUAUCGGCGGUCCCGCAGGUCCCGGAUGUUGCGGACAGUAUGAGGCGAGCGAAGGGGGACGGGGACCAGCAGCCGUCGCCGCCGCACUCAGGGUGAAGAGAGAACAGAAGUCUUUACCCCCCGACUUUGGAAAUCUCGUUUAACCUUCAAACUGGCGAUGUCAAGGGUUCCAAGUCCUCCACCUCCGGCAGAAAUGUCGAGUGGCCCUGUAGCUGAGAGUUGGUGCUACACACAGAUCAAGGUAGUGAAAUUCUCCUACAUGUGGACCAUCAAUAACUUUAGCUUUUGCCGGGAGGAAAUGGGUGAAGUCAUUAAAAGUUCAACCUUUUCAUCAGGAGCCAAUGAUAAACUGAAAUGGUGUUUGCGAGUAAACCCAAAAGGGCUAGAUGAAGAAAGCAAAGAUUACCUGUCACUUUACCUGUUACUGGUCAGCUGUCCAAAGAGUGAAGUUCGGGCAAAAUUCAAAUUCUCCAUCCUGAAUGCGAAGGGAGAAGAAACCAAAGCUAUGGAGAGUCAACGGGCAUAUAGGUUUGUGCAAGGCAAAGACUGGGGAUUCAAAAAAUUCAUCCGUAGAGAUUUUCUCUUGGAUGAGGCCAACGGGCUUCUCCCUGAUGACAAGCUUACCCUCUUCUGUGAGGUGAGUGUGGUACAAGAUUCUGUCAACAUUUCUGGCCAGAAUACUAUGAAUAUGGUGAAGGUUCCUGAGUGCCGGUUGGCAGAUGAGUUAGGAGGACUGUGGGAGAAUUCUCGGUUCACAGACUGCUGCUUAUGUGUUGCUGGACAGGAAUUCCAGGCUCACAAAGCUAUCUUAGCAGCUCGUUCUCCAGUUUUUAGUGCCAUGUUUGAACAUGAAAUGGAGGAGAGCAAAAAGAAUCGAGUUGAAAUCAAUGAUGUGGAGCCUGAAGUUUUUAAGGAAAUGAUGUGCUUCAUUUACACGGGGAAGGCUCCAAACCUCGACAAAAUGGCUGAUGAUUUGCUGGCAGCUGCUGACAAGUAUGCCCUGGAGCGUUUGAAGGUCAUGUGUGAGGAUGCCCUCUGCAGUAACCUGUCUGUGGAGAAUGCCGCAGAGAUCCUCAUCCUGGCUGACCUCCACAGUGCAGAUCAGCUGAAAACUCAGGCAGUGGAUUUCAUCAACUAUCAUGCUUCAGAUGUCUUGGAGACCUCCGGGUGGAAGUCAAUGGUGGUGUCACAUCCCCACUUGGUGGCUGAGGCAUACCGCUCUCUGGCUUCAGCACAGUGCCCUUUUCUUGGACCCCCACGCAAACGCCUGAAACAAUCCUAAGAUCCUGCCUGUUGUAAGACUCCGUUUAUUUUCCAGAAGCAGCAGCCACUGCUGCUACCACUGACCACCAGGUAGACAGAGCAAUCUGUGGAGCUUUUACUCUGUUGCAAGGGAAAAAGACUGCAUUGUGGCCCCAGACUUUUAAAACAGCACUAAAUAACUUGGGGAAAACGGGUGGGGGGAGGGAAGGACCCAGGACUCCCGGGGCUAUUCAACCUAAUGAAAAUCCUGUUGCUGCGUCACUGUGUUCCCUUUGGCCUGGCUGAGUUUGGUACUGUGGGGAUUCAGUUUAGGCGCAGGCCCUGAGGACAUCCCAGCAGUGGUACUUCAGAGAAACCUGUCUGCAUCUGACUGAGCAGAACAAAUCGUCAGGUGCCUGGAGCAAAAAGAAAAAAAAAAGAAAGGACAUUGAGUUUUAAGAGAAAGGAAAAGGAAAAAAGAAAGAAUUUUUGCAGAAUUUCUCAAAAAUCAGUUUGUGGAUUCCAGUGGUAUUUAUGUUGAAAAGAAACAAAUUUUAGUCCUUCCAGCUGUGCUAAAACUUGGAUAUUUGUGAAAACUUCUCACCACCAUGCAAGUAUCAGAAGAGCGCUCUUGUUGUGUUAGCACUUACUGUUUGUAAGAACAGAAUACAUCCUUUUAUCCUUUUAUGAAAAAUGACAAGUGAAGGCAAAAGGGGAAGGAGGUUAUUUGAUCUGGAAGAUGAGUGUUUUGAUGUGAUGGCUUUUGCAAAAAUCUUUAUUGGUGUUGAAAACUGGAAAAAAUAAUUCAUCCAGAAUUCAUACUGUCUUGACAAGAACUAUGGUUCUCUGUUUUUAGAUAUUGCAGAAAAUGUUUUUUGGCAUUUUUCUCUGAUUUUAUUUCUCCCUCCCUCUCUCCUCUCUUUUUCUAAAAAACAAAAAACAAAAACAGAACAAGAAAAGAAGAGAAAAGGAAAUUUUAUUAUUAAUGCUGUGCAAAAAAAAAAAAAAAAAAUCCCGGUCCAGAUUGCUCAGAUGUUUGUACCUGACAUGCCGCCUGCAUAGGAGCCAGUUCUGUUUCUUCUGAUUAGCCUCUCUUCCUACAGGGGAGAACUUCCAAAUGUUAAUUUUUUCUUUUUAAAAAUAUAAAUAAUGACUAUUUUGUA